GCAGAGGCUUGAUGUGAGCCACAAGCUGGACCAGUAAUUGCUGUUGUGAGGCAAUGCCCAUUGGUUGUGCCCAGUUGGAGAAGAUGGAUUCACCCAUACUUCCCUUCUCUGCACCAGGCUCUUGUCCUUGGCUAUGCAGGGAGGCUGUUGCAGCCAAGGCAGGGAGGAGCCAGGGAGGAAGGACAUCCCCCCACAAACCCACUUUAUGCCUGUGUGUGUUUUCUGGUGGUAAAACACUUUUCCUGCUUAAUUUCCUUGUUCACAGGAUACAGACUGGUGGAGCGUUGGUCAGUGAGGAGCAGGGCUAGCUGGGGACUGGCUCAGUGUUGCUGGUGACUGUGGAGCUUCUUCACAACAGCCUCUGCAGAGGGUUCAUCUGGGUGAGCUCUAAUGUGGGUGAACUGGAUAAGCCCCUGCUCUUCCCCAAGAUCAUCUCAAGGGUGCUUCAUUCCCCCGACUCCAGCCCUGGCCCUGCCAAGGUGCCACUCUGAGGAAGUUAAUGAUUAUCCCUGACACCUCCAGUCCCCGCUCCUGCCCUGGCUGGAGGGAAUGCAGAAGGCUGGGAAGCAGGAUGCUGCUGCUGGUGUUCCUGGCUCUGCUGGGCUCCGCUGGCUGCCCCAGGACUGAGCCCCUCAGCACAUCCAGCCAGGACCCGCUAUUCCAUGGGGCAGAUCGCUAUGACUUUGCCAUCAUCAUUGCCGCCGGCACCAUGGAAUGCUUCUGGCAGUUUGCACACCAGAAUGGGAACUUCUUCUUCAACUACGAGGUCCAGCGUGCAACAGGGAUCGGCAACAGCAGGAACAUCCUGGUCACAGCGAGCGACCCCAGUGGCUUCCAGCUUGGUGCUUCCCAGCAUGUGCGGGGACAAAUCAACUUCCUCACCAAGGAGAAAGGUUUCUACCAGCUGUGCCUGAACAACCAGCAAAACCACUUGGGCUUCAUGCAGGUGUAUCUCAACUUUGGUGUCUACUACAAUGCCUUCGACACAGACAACAAGCAGCCAGAAGAGCGGAAAGAGCUGAAUGACACCCUGGAGGCAAUUGGGGUCAGCACCCAGAAACUGCAGCUCCACAUCUUCCACAUGUGGCGGUUCUACAACUUUGCCCGGAUGCGGAAAACAUCCGAUUCCUUCCUCCUGGAGUCCAACUACAACUACGUCAACUGGUGGUCGAUGGCUCAGAGCUGUGCCAUUGUCCUCUCCGGGGUGCUGCAGCUCUACUUCCUCAAGCGCCUCUUCAAUGUGCAAGCCCCCAGCAGGCAGAAGUGCUAGUAAUGUCCAACAGUGUGGGAAGGACCAGUGCCUUCAGCGCUUGGUGACAGCGCUAACAGCUAAUUCUGACCCUUCACAGAGAGGGAGGAAAGGCCGGAUCCUGUUUUGAGGAAGGGGAGCUCCCCUGCCCCUCCCUUGGCUGAAAUCACCCCAACAGAAGAAAAGCACAACACUGGACUUUGUGUGCUAGGUCAGUUUAUUACCUCCCUACCCAUCAUUAUGGUGUCCUAUAAUGUCUUUUCUACCAGGCACUUAAUAAAGAACCCCUGGCACCCAAUCUGGGGCGUGAUAGCA